AUGAAAAAUGUGGGUGUGGACAAUGGCGAGCCGCGCGUGAUUUGGUUGUCCGGUCUGCAUAUACCAGAGUCCUACCUUACUGCCUUGGUGCAGACGGUUUGCAGACGCCAGGCCUGGCCUCUAGACAAGAGUGCUCUGUUCACUUCGAUUACCACCUAUCUGAGGCCUGAGGAUGUGCCUGAUCGAGCACACCAAGGUGCCUUCAUCACGGGACUUUUCAUCGAGGGCGCUGCAUGGGACUCUGUAGACGGUUGUCUUGUUCGCCAGCCUGCAAGACAGCUGGUGCAACCAUUGCCUAUUGUCAAGAUUAUCGUGAUUGAAUCGCAUCGCCUCAAAACCCAAAAUACCUUUCGAACGCCAGUCUAUGUUACAGCUGACCGUCGAAACGCAAUGGGACUUGGACUUGUGUUUGAGGCCGAUCUAGGCACCAAGGAGCAUCAAAGUCACUGGGUUCUACAAGGAGUUUGCAUCACUUUGAAUACCGACUAG